AUGAAGCCACUUAGCCUCUCUCUACUCGCAGUGACCAUCCUUCUUUGCUGUAAUAUGACUCAGCCUAUAUUCAGGAGGAACAGGGCUUUAAUCAAAUCCGGGUACUGCCCAGAGUUUCAUCUUUCCUGCCCUUUUGUCCUCCUGCCCCUAUGCAAGCGUGAUAUAGGCUGCAAGGAAGCCAAAAAGUGUUGCUUCUACUACUGUCAGAAGCGCUGUACAGAUCCAUGGAAUGCUUUGAAUUAG